GUAUGUGUUCAUCAGGAAUGUGAAUGCAGGAUGUUUGAUGGAGUUUACCCCAACAGGCCCGACAUAUCAUUUUAUGAGACGGAGGACAAAACCUUCCAGAAGCACAUCAGACAAAAAAUUCAAGAACUGAAGAAAAAGGGCUGUUUUGGCACCCCUUCUCAGACCCCUCAAACUCCAGGACCACUAAAGAAGAAACAGAAAAUCAGCCAUCAUAAAAAUAACCAGCAGUGUAAUCAAACGCCUCGUCAGACCCCUAGCAGUCACAAACCUAGCCCCAGCCAUAUCUUUUUUAAGGACAGUGACUUUAAGAAAACUAUGCCCAAAACAGAUCAAUACAAAAGGUACAACCGACCGGAAAGCACUGGCAAUGUAAAACCAUGGAAACCCAAGAGACCAGUGCCCACCUCCAGAGCCCUGCUUCCAAAAACUAAACUAAUUUUGGAUGAAGCUGAUGACUUUCCCAGAGGAGGAGGCAAAAGAGAAAAAAUAGAUAAGAACAGGAAGAUGAGGAUGAGGAUGAAGAGGAAAAAGGAAACACCAGCCGAGGGUCACAGGGACAGCAGACCAGACCGUCGCUCCUGGAAUGUAACCCGGGAGGUGCCGGGGUCGCAGUUAAACAGAAAGCAGAGGAGGAGAAAUAGAAGAUUCGGCAAAAAACCCGCUGCACCAGUGCACCAAACCGAUGAGAACCUGGCUUAUUAGUUCUGUAAUUCAGGAAGAAAUUUUAAUUGAAUCAGUUGUCUGCUUUAUUUGAAACUUGUGUAACUUUGAAUAAACUUUCAACAAUAAUUUA